AUGAAGAGGCGGGUGUGUGUGAAUCGCACUGAGAAGGAGAAGCUUGCGCUUCUUAGGCGCUGGAAAGUAGAUAACCCAGAUUGGACUCUAGAAGAAGCCGCUGUCGAGCUUGAGGUCAAGGAAUCGACUUUGAGAGGCUGGGUGAAACGCUACUGGGAUGUUUGUGACAAAGAGGUUGGCUCAGAUCGCAAGCGCAACGAAGGCGGAGGACGCAAACACAAGAUGAAGCCGGACGAAUGGAGAGUAAUCGAAUACCUUCAUGAGCUUAUGGAGGACAACUGGACGUUUGACGAUGUGAUGUUUUAUUGCCGGAGCCUGGAAGAGUUCAACUCGGAUUUUGAUAUUCCAGCGUCCCAAGUAACAUGGGUAAAACGGUUUAUCCAACGCUACACAGCACGUGUACCCCCUGACGAUGGCGGUGUACCCUCUACUGACGGCGGUGCAACCUCUGGUGGUGGCGGUGUAACCCGUGGCGAUGACAGUGAGCACGAGGAGAAUGGAGGUGCUGGAGGCGUAACCCCUGGUGUCGACAGUGAGCGUGGUCAAAAUGAUGGAGUAACCACUAGUGAUGAUGGUGUAACCCCUCGUGAUGGCGGCGUAACCCCUGGUGUCGACAGUGAGCGUGGUCAAAAUGAUGGAGUAACCCCCGGUGACGGCGCUGUACCCUUCGAUGGCUGUGGAGAUGAAGACAGCGAUGAAGACAGCUACGAUAGCGCUGGAUCGGAUGAAAGCGAUAGCAGUAGCGAGAUCUGCUACCAGGUCGCGGAAGCAGAAGCCAAUAUUGGAGUGGACGCGUGGUGA